GGCCUAUUAUUUCAGACAUCCUGAACUUUUGUCGGAGCAAACUUUUUUAUUGCUGUUCUUUCACAUGUGACUGCUUCUCCUCUGAGACCAUAAUUUUAGCAUAUUUUGUAGCUCGGACCAAGUCCCUUUUUCUUUCUCUAAUCGGCAAGGUGAAAAAAGUUUAAAAUGGCUGGAAUGUUUCGCAACCUUCGCUUUGCGCUUUUUACUGGAGUACUCCUCGCAAUAAUUCCUUUUGGUUUUGUCUUCUACAAAAAUAGUUUUCAAGGAAUCUCGUUUCGGAAAGACCGCUUUAAAUGUAUACAUCAAGACGCUUUCAAAUCUCAAAAAACCGAAAGCCAGCGACUGGAUGUCACACAAAACAGAUCAUGGGUUUACAACAAGACUAAAGAAACAGUUCUUGUUUUAUUUUGGUCGACAUUUUUCGGUGAUAGAUUGUACGGGGGUCCAAACUUAAGGCAUUGUAGGACUCCUUGUGAGUAUACAGCGAACCUAAGUCGAGUUGCCAGAGCCAGUGUGAUGAUUAUCCACGCAAGAGACCCGUAUCCUUUACCGCCAAAAAAUUACAGUCACAUACCAUUGGUUCUGCUCACAGCAGAAAACCCAGUUUACACUCCAAUGCUUUCCAAUCCUAAAUUUCUCUCCAAUUUUAACUACCUAAUGAGCUAUCGACCUGAUUUGGCGGACUUUUUCUUACCGACCUUCAAAACGCCGAGUAUAGAGCCAAAACCAACCCCAUUUGUCAACAAAACUGGGCUUAUUGCUGCAGUGUUUUCAAACUGCGAGACGGCGAGAACAGCAUAUCUGAAAGAACUUAUGAAACACAUCAAAGUAGACUCGUAUGGAAGCUGUUUAAGAAACAAAAAAGGGUUGCAAGACAGAUAUCAAGGAGAUUUCAAACGAGCGAAACUGAAGUUAUUACGAAAUUAUAAAUUUACUGUAGUAUUUCACAACCAGGAUUGUGAUUAUUUUGUAGACGACCAGCUUACGUACGCUUUGAAUGCAGGAACUAUUCCGGUCUAYAUGGGUACUGACAAAGUAGACGAGUUACUUGGAGGAAAUUUAAGACAUGCCAUUAUMAAAGUAAGGGACUUUGCAACCCCCAAGAAACUAGCUGAGUAUUUGGUAAUGUUAAGUCAAAACGAGCAUUUAUACAAUCGAUAUCUAACAUGGAAAUACGAAGGGUUUCAGUUUUCGGAGUCGUUCCUCUCAACGCCACAAGGAAGGUGGAUGCAGCCUUCACAACAUCUUCACGAAUACUGUGAUGUCUGCAAUGCAAUAGCUGCUUCGCRWGAAAGUGGAMAUUUCAAGAAAAAAGGUUCCGUUAAACCUGAAUACUGCAAUGCUCGAAAAGCUGAGGAUUGGUUACCAAUACCAAAACCCAAAAACGAAAAGGAAUCUAAGGAACAGAAAAAGUUAAAGUAGAGAAGUGCUGGAUUUUUGUUGUUGAAAURCAAUCAAUCYAAUUAACUUUGUUUACUUGCAAACUCAUAAACCCGACUACUACAAAAUCAUUUGCAUAAAAAAGUUUUUAAAACCCCCAGGAAGAAUCGUAAUUCUAAACUUUCGAUAAAUAGCGUAUUCUUGAAUGUUAUUGAUAUUGUAAAGAAGUUUUGGAAAUUUAUGUUGAAUUUACAAUUGAACAACGUUAUAGUUUUGACUUCUCGUAUAGUAAACUUGCGGCAAGAUGCAAGGUAGA